UCGUGGAUCUAUGCCAGACUUGCCAUAAGACCACUUCUUCCUCAGUGGUAUGGCAGACUCUCUGUGCAGGCUGUUCCAUCUCCCUCCAGAGAUGACUUCACAAACAGUUGAGGAACGUGGAAAGUGGGGUAGUAAAAAGGAGUUCAUCCUGUCUACAGCUGGUGCCAUUAUCGGACUUGGAAAUGUGUGGAGAUUUCCAUAUCUAUGCUACAAGAAUGGUGGUGGGGCAUUCUUCAUUCCUUACAUCCUGUUCCUUGUGACUUGUGGUAUCCCCCUGUUCAUACUGGAGAUAGCACUGGGCCAAUACACCAGUCAGGCGGGAAACAUGUGCUGGAGGAAGAUCUGUCCCUUGUUUGAAGGCAUAGGUUACGCCAGCCAAAUUAUCAUUUUCUAUGGAUGUAUCAGCUACAUUGUGAUCUUAGCCUGGGGGUUUCUCUACUUUUUCUCUUCCUUCUCUGGAGAGUUGCCAUGGGCCACCUGUAAUAACACAUGGAAUACAGAUGCUUGUGUGGUAUUAAACAACUAUAAUGCCACUGCUAACUGGACCUCACCGGUGAAUUCAUCAUCAUCUGUUAGAGAGUUUUGGCAAAGGCGGGUGUUAAAUAUAUCAACCGGGAUAGAGGCCUUAGGACACAUACAGUGGGACCUUUCUUUGUGCCUUCUUCUGUCCUGGAUCAUCUGCUACUUCUGUGUCUGGAAGGGAGUGAGAUCCACCGGAAAGGCUACCUACUUCACAGCCACAUUUCCCUUCGUCAUGUUAGUAGUGCUACUCUUCAGAGGAAUAACCCUUCCUGGAGCCUUAAGUGGGAUCAAGUACUACCUGUAUCCCAAUAUUGCACGGCUCGCUGACCCACAGGUUUGGAUGGAUGCUGGAACACAAAUAUUUUAUUCCUAUGCCAUAUGUUUGGGAUGUCUGACUACGCUUGGGAGCUACAACAAGUACAACAACAACUGCUAUAGGGACUCCUUCUAUCUUUGCUUAUUGAACAGUGGAACCAGUUUUAUAUCUGGCUUUGCCAUCUUCUCAGUUCUUGGCUAUAUGUCAGUGAAACAGGGUGUUGCUAUUUCUGCAGUUGCUGAGUCAGGUCCUGGCCUUGUCUUCAUAGUAUACCCACAAGCUGUGACCCUUUUGCCAUGGCCUCAGGUCUGGUCCGUGUGCUUCUUCACCAUGAUCAUCUUGUUAGGAAUAGAUGGUCAGUUUGCUGGCCUGGAGAGCAUCAUGACCUCUUUAACGGAUAUCUACCCUUCCCGGUUCCGAAAAGGAUACCGCAGAGAGCUUGUCCUGUUGUUCAUCUGUGCUAUUUGUUAUACAUUUGGACUGUUACUGGUGUCUGAGGCUGGUGCAUACAUUCUGCAAAUCUUUGAUCACUAUGUAUGCAGUGGUCCCACUCUUCUAAUGAUGGCAAUCCUCCAGUCUGUUGUCAUUGGAUGGAUUUAUGGCGCUGAACGCUUCUAUGACAACAUCGAGGACAUGAUUGGGUACAAACCUCUUUCACUGAUCAAGUACUGCUGGCUGUAUGCCACCCCUCUUAUUUGCAGCGGCACAUUUAUAUUUUGUAUCUUGAGAUACACACCCCUGAGGUUCAACAACUCCUAUGUGUAUCCUUGGUGGGCCUACUGGAUCGGCUGGUUUCUGGCCAUGUCAUCUCUAAUUAUGAUUCCAGUCACCAUGAUCUGCAAACUGGCCAAAGGAAAAGGGACUCUCUGGCAGCGCCUCAAGAAAAGCUCCCAGCCUGCAGAUGACCUUCCAGUGAUGGCAAAGGAAAUGGCAAGCAUCAGUGCUAUAUUGCAUGUCCGUCAUGGUGGAAAACAUGGCAAUAUUCAAUGAAAUGCUAAUCCUUUAAAAAUAACUUUUCUUUUUUUAUUUUAAAAAUAUGUAGGGCAGGUUGUUUUCUAUAUAUAUGGUGGUUAGUAUUCAUAUACCAAUAUUUGUUUUAAUGUGAGGUUACCUAUCUGA